UUGUUCUUUGGUGCCACCGCUUUUAUUUUUCACUUCGGUUUUCACGGAAAGAGACUCGCGUUUUGGGAACAUCAUCGCCGCAUGCUGUGAUGAUGAAUUGGUUUGGCGGUCGGUUUCGGUGUUUGAUCGUGUGAUUUGGUUUGACAGAUAAGUGAAGCGGCCUACUGUUACACGGUACUUCGGUAGUGGACUGUUUAGAUGAAAUAUAUUUUGUGGCUCUUUGCUUGAAUCAAAUCAAUUUUGUUUUUUUUUGUGAUUGUGUCUGUGCGGGUGGCCUUUAGAUGGCCGGAAAAUAAUAGAAUAUCGCGUGGUUCAGAACAAAAGCACGAGCCCAAGUCACCUUGAGUGGUUUCCCGAAUAUAAAAAUGUUGUGUUUUCAUUCAAAACCGAAACACGGCCGAACAAAAGAGGCCAAAUUCCAUGCGGACACGAAUAAUUAACCGAUAAAUAAUCCACGAUCAUCAACACGAGUGACAAAACCGAAGAAGGGGUCGCCCGAUGUUUUAUGUAACUCUUUAUGGAAAAUGACGCGAUCGGGUAAAAAGUUUCGCAGAACGAACGACUUCAAACCAAAGAUACCAAAGUGAGGUUAAACGGUUUUCCUAAGAAGAGUGUGAUCUCAUUCUCAUAAAAGGGAGAAGAAAAAAAAAGGUGUUAAAACGCGCAGUUCAUUUUCAUCGUUUUUGCAAAGGCCGGAGGCCCCAAAAACGACGAAGAAGAAGAUCAUCAUCGGAUAUAGUAUCAUCGGCUUUUAAGCUUUUCGUCGCAGCUUAACAACAAUGGCCGUUCGUGAUGCAGUUUUCCGAAAGCUGGGCACCGGCAGUGCGAUGGUGGCAGCUGUGAUGCUGGCUGCGUUUGGGUCGGGCGUUUCCGGAGCAGCCCUUGAUCGGGGAAGCGGAGGCAGCGAUAGUGGCCAGUCGACGGCCCUGGCUUCGUCCGAUUCCAAAUCAUCGCCCAUCAUCGACAGUCUGCUACGGAUAACCCGGGAUGACCACCAUCGGCAACAGUCCCAGUAUGGAGGAUCCGGAAGUGGGGGAGCAGGUCGGGAUCAACGGUGCGUCAGCUGUAGCGGCUACGGUGGCCAAGGCGUUGGAAGCGGGGGAGGAGGAGGUGGCGCAAGUCCAUCAUCGGCCUAUUAUGCCGAUCGGGAUUCGAUGAUGAUGAGGACCUAUGGGCGGCCCUAUGGCGUUCUCGGGUACUACUCCGGCCGAGGGUCCGUCUACGAUGACCGCAACUGGUACUAUCGACCGGAGUGGUACCAGGAUGAGCGGGCCAGCUAUCGGGAUGGCACCGGGUAUGGCGGAGGAGGAUACCCGGGCAGUAUGCGACCCAGCUAUAUGGGCGUCAUGAUGGGACAGGAAAGCUAUCAUCGAGGUAGUGCCCAGUCACAGUCGGGACACAACAGUAACGGCCAUCAUAACAACGACAACUGCUACGAUGAUCCUCGCUACAUGAACCGUUACGAUGACCGCUACAAUCCGAUGUCGAUGCGUGGUUAUUACGAUAACCGGAUGGGCUCCGGCCAUGGUGGAGGCUAUUAUCCGCCGAUGGACAACCGCGGCUACGGCAUGACCAUGAUGAACGGGUACCGAGGUAAUGGCUACGAUAAUCUCGAUCCGCAAUUUGAGUACUACAUGAUGUUGGCCCGCGGGGGAGGUCCCGGGUCCAAUCGAGAUCGUUAUGGAGCGUCGCCUUCCGGUGGGUACGGAGAUGAUCGGAAUCGGGGCGGAUACGGCUAUGAUCACAAGAACUUCAGACCGUGGGACGAAACUUACAGAGGAACUGCCGGUUUUGAUAAUUCUGGACGUGGUUAUUAUUUUGCAAGUCGCCCUCCAAGUGCACCAUCCCAGUCAUCCUCCCAGGGUCAGUAUCCCGGACCUUCGUCCCCGACUUCAUCCCACCACCAGCAGCAACAGCAGAGCCACUCUCAGUAUCCUCAACAAGCGUCUCAGUCACAUUAUCAGCAACCUCAAGGGCACCACCAAUAUCAUCAGCAGGCCUCUUCCGGUUACGGGAGUUCCGGUUCCGGAGGUGGUCCUCCUACGGGGCCUGCCGGAAUCUACACCAGUCAACCGAUAGGAAUCCAUCAGAGUAGUGGCCCAGAUCGGCCGGAUGCUGGCCAAAGGCCAUCGUGCUGUUCCCAGUGUUGCCAAUCGUCGUCCGGUGGUGGCUCUAGCAGUCCGGGAAGGUAUCCAUCUUCCUCGGGACCAACUGGAACUGGUCCCGGAUACCAUCAGCCGUCGCACCAAGGGUACGGCGGUCAAUACGGACACCAUCAGCAAUAUCAACAGGAACGACCGGGUGAUCAUGGUCGUCCCGGUGAAUGGAACUAUUUGAGCGGUGGAGGAGCAAGCUCGUCCAGUGCUGCCAGUGGAUCCGGUGCUGGUUCGGAUUACCAUCAGGCUUCGUCGGCUGCCGGAGCAUCGUCGCAUUCGCAAUCCGGAGGUUAUGGCAGUCGACCGGGUGCUAGUUCCGAUUAUAAGGACAGGCCGGAUGCCGGCGGGCAAAAUGGACGGCCGCGCCCGUCACAAGGCCUAGGACCCACUAGCUAUCUGAUGGAUCGUGACUCAGCUGAAGAUGGACAACAGAGCGCCUUACCCGGAAUUGCCAGCCACUUGCAUGGAGAUAGAGAGCCCACCGACCACGAAGACCAGAACGCCACUGCUAAUGGAGGAGAAAAGUCCGCCACUUCCGGCCAAAACGAAGCGCCAUCAAGUGGCGAUGAAAAGAAACAACCCUAAGCCGCUCCCCUCCCUCUUCACUCUUUUGAGAAGGCGUGCUAAGACUAAUGGAAUCUUAAUCCUGGCGAAAACGAACAAUGGACCUGACGAGAAAUGGAAUCGGCUUAACUUAGGAACAGUAGUGGCAGCCAGAAACUGCAAUUUAGUUUUUAAGAAUGAUAGUGCUCUAGGUGCCUGUAGGUAAGAAGCAAAAAGCGAGCCGGAAGAGAAACAACAAAAAAAAAGCAUUAAACUCGAAUAAUAUUAAGAAGAGAUGACAUUCCCUAAGGACACCCCGAAAGGAUGGGAAACAGUAAUUUAAAGAAAAAUCUUACGACAGGAGCGUAACAGAACCAAAAAGUGUAUUCUUUAGUUUGUUAGAGUAAUACAAAAAAUAUCAACUAUCAUCCUAAAUGUAUGCUAAGGGUCUAGUUUGGUAAGAUGUGAUUAAGUUAGUGGCAAGAUGUAAUGCAAUCCCAAUGAAGGCAAUAAAAGAUUACCGAAAGGAA